GACAGGUUGUCAUUUCCUCAUUUUCAAGCCUUGCUCCUCACAUGGGCCAGAAAUCUCUUUCAAGCUCCAGAUAGUGACGGGUUCCUGGGUGAGCAGUGGGUCUCUACCCCCUCUCCAGGGGAUCUUGGAUGGGACCUUGCUCUGGAAGAAGCCAUGGACAUCUGGUUUUGGUCACUUUACUUCCUGCCAGUAUCUGGAGCUCUGAAAAUGGUCCCAGAAGUCAAGCUGGAAGGAAUGCUGGGCGGAUCCGUUACCAUCGAGUGUCCACUUCCUAAAAUGCCCAGGAGGCUAUAUCUGUGCCGGGAGGCAGACGCACCCAGAAGGUGUGUCACCGUGGUAUCCAGCAAUAACUUUGUCAAGAAGGAAUACAAACAACGAGUCACACUGAAGAUGUGUCCAGACCAGCAUCAGUUUCUAGUGGAGGUGAAAGAGCUGACCAAGAAUGACAGCGGAGUCUAUGCCUGUGGGAAUGGCGUGUACACAGACCGGGGCAAGACCCAGAAAGUCACCCUAGAUGUCUACAGUGCAGAGUACGAGCCGUUCUGGGAAGAGGAGCCGAUAUCUGAGCCUCCAGCAUGGUUUCAGAGAUUUCUACAAGGGCGGAUGCCAUGGUUCCAGAAGCCUGCACAUGCCAGCUCCUUCGAAUUCACAUCCAAAGGUCAGGUCACCAAAGUAAGCACAUCAGCUCCAAAGACGGGGGUCCCUGCAGCACACCAGCCCUCCCCCACCACCCCAAUCACCCACAGCCCUGAAGUUUCCAGAUCAUCUCCAAUGGUAUCUGCCAAGUCCACAACCCUCCUGCCAUCCACCACAGCUUCAAAGACCUCAGCACCAGAGAGGCUGCUCAGGCCCCAGACAGCCAGCUACACUCACCAAACCAAGAUUCACAGGCAGAGAGCCUUCAACCACGUCUCAGCGUCCCAGCUGGAAGACCAAGGAUUUCACAUCCUGAUCCCCACCAUCCUGGGCCUCAUCCUGCUGGCACUGCUGGGGCUGGUGGUGAAAAGGGUCAUUCAAAGGAGGAAGGCUCUCUCCAGGCGGGUACGCCGACUGGCCGUGAGGAUGAACGCCCUGGAGGCCUCCCAGCGGCCCCGCGUGUCGCAGCGGCCCCGCGUGUCGCAGCGGCCCCGCUCCCAAAACAACGUCUACAGUGCCUGUCCUCGGCGCUCUGGGUGGGCGCAAGCUGAAGGUGAAGGGGCGGCACCUGUCCCAGGCCCCCAAGCGUCAGCGCCGCCCGCUCCGCCGCAGGUGUCUGAAGCUCCCUGGCCCCAUGCCUUGUCUCUGAAGACCAGCUGUGAAUAUAUGAGCUUCUACCACAAGCCUGCUGCCAAGACGGAGGAUACUGAUUCAGAUUACAUCAAUAUCUCCUACCCGACUCACCCCUCCAGCAGGCCCCCUGGGCCCAGACCAUGGUGCCAAUGAGCCUUGUCUGUCUGCUGCUUUCCAACACCUGCUCCAUCGGUUUUUGAGCCCUCAUUACCUCCCACAUCCCACCUCAAGUCUCAUCCCUGUCUGUUUGCCCUGAGCAUAGCUCAAUCCCCUACAGCCCUUCUUGCACAGCUUUGCAACCCGUUGUGGCUUUCAAGUGGGCUCUAGUCAUGCAGAGCAUUUGUUUCGAUGUCACCUGCUUCCUUUCCAAGUAACAUGUAACAGGCUGUGGGAUUUGCAGACUGUCUUUGAUCACAAGGAUUCUAGAUUCCUUGGCUCUAGACCAUGUAGCAUUAGGUUGGAGUGUAGGCAUAGCUGUUGCUUCUGGAACCCUUCCCAGGCUUGGGCCUCACACCAAUAGAAGGCCCCUGGACUGCAUCGUGAGGACAUGCCUCAGCCUUGUGGACCAGGAAGGGGCCGGGUAUGAAACGCUCCUGUGAAUGUCUUUGCCCUGACCUGAAGGCUGGCACUUACUAGUAAGCUGUACUCAUCUUGAGUCCUAUGGUAAGAGCAAUUUAUUUUGAUGUGGUGAAGGAUUCUAAAUUUUCAGCACCAUAUAUAUCUCCUUAUAUCUCCAAACCCUCUUUAAGUGUCCCUCCCUUGAUGUACAUAAGGACCCUGACCCCAGCAUUUUCCUUUCCUUUGGAAAUAGUUUUUGUCAUCUCUUUAUCCUCCUUCCAUUGCCUAGCACUGAUAUGUGUGCACUUAUCUUAAUGUUGGUCUAUUUUAGCCAUCCAAAACCAUUACAUCUCUCUGCUUUCAAAAAUGCACCUCUUUGCCAGUUCCCAGUAAUUAUAGCAAGGUAGGAAAGGAAAGUGGCCUGGGAUUCCUAGAGGGCCAGGUGCUCUGCAAUAGCACUCAUGUCAUGGAAGAAGAGACGUCCUACCUCCUCCAUAUGCUCUUUCUCUUAAGUUUUCUGAGCAAGGGCAUAGGCAGACAUUGUAUCUUUAGAUUGAAGCCAACUGCAAAGCUCAGCCAGAGCUUGAGACUAGAGAAUGCCCAGCCUUGCUGUAAGGAAGGAGGCCUUUCCCAGACACACAGCUCAGCUUCGCUGGGCACUUGUCCAGAGAUAGAAAGGAAAGGCUACCAGACUUGAGUUCUCUGCCUUUGAUUUAGCAGGGAAUAACAUCACAGAUUGGAGAGUCCAUCCAAGUACAAAUGACACCAUCAGCAAUAUCAACUUGACACUGGCACCUUCUCAAGCUGCAGAUAAGGGAAGAAUGAGUAGGGAGAAAGGAGGGAGGGCACCCAAGGGGAAGGGAUGAUGGGAGUGGGGUGUGGAGUGUGGGCAAGAGCUGAAAUGUUUAGUGAACCUGCUUUGUGUUGGGCACUUAACACUUUGUAUCUUUUAUCAUUUACAUUCCAAACCAGUGUCCCUCACCCCUACCCCAAUGUUCUGUUUCUGAAGAUAAGAUAACAAUAUGAUUUUCAUGUCCUGAUGUUCAACUUCAUAUCCCAGCAUCCCUCAUUUUUCUUCAACAUUGAAAGAUAGGCAAAAACAAACAAACAAAAAAAACAGUUUAUUAAGCAUUUACUGAGCACCAUCCACUGACCCACGUGGUUCCAAGGAUCCUGGAGAAUCAAAGAGCAGCAUGGGGCACUGUCCCUGCCGCCUUUACAGAACUUAGUCUCACAAAUAAAUAUGACAUCAGCAAAAACACGGACAGGAUUUAAAUAGUUGUAAUAAAUAUGGGAAUCUGCUUUGUAGAUUAUUCACAGCAUCCAAGGGAACCUUCCAUGACUAUUGGGGACACUUAAAGAAUGAAGUCUUUGAAGAUAAGCCGGGACCAAGAACAGGACCCGUGGUCAAGGCCGUGAAGUGACCAAAGAACAUCACAGGAGGGGACACUCUUUUGAAAUGACAUGGAGAACUAGGAGGGUAUUCUGGUCUAGGCAUUCAGUGCUGGUAGAAUUUCUGCAUCCAGGUCAAGAGGAUGUCCACUUCUCCAAAGGCUUUGAUCCGAGCUGCUUCUAUGUUCAGCUAAAAGGAAAGUGGAGGUGAAGGUCUGCCAUGUUAGCCUCAAGCAUAGGUUUCUUUCCCACCCACCCUUCUGGGGCUGACCUGACCCCUCAUCAUGAGCGGCGUCACCUUUGGGAUGGCCUCUGAUGAACUCAUCCACCCAUCACUUGUCCCCCAUCUAUGUGUGUUUUCUGCUUCAGUGGUGAAAAUGGGCCAGUGGGUAGCAGUGAGUCAGGAGCAAAGGCAAUGCAUCUGGAGCCCCUGACAUCAAGAACCGUAGAAUCCACGUGCGGGUGGACCUGGUCCACCCCCAGAGUCCACUAAGCAGAUGAGGAAACUGAGGCCCAGGUGGCCACUUCUCUUUGUAUGUUAUUGCUCUUCAUUUAUUUUUAGGCUGAUGUAUCUAUUCCUUAAAAAAGUGACCAAAAUCAUAUGUUUUGGGAAGGGGGUUGAAAAUGAAAUUUGGGUUUUCUUUGUUGUCUUAAGUUGUGAGAAGAUAAUAUAUUUCCCAUGAUUUCAUUCUCACAAACUAGAUCAUUUGAACAUUAUGGAAAUACGAUGUAUGGGGAUUUGUAUGAGAUGGGAGUAUUACGGGGGCAAUCUCUCUUCUGACUCCAGUUCCCCAACUCAAGUACCCACAAGCUCUCUCACAGGGAAAGUCCCUGUAGUGAAAUCUUCUUAUAGGGAAAUAUAAUAGCAUUGUAAUUUGAAAACUGGCCGGAAAAUAGACCAAGUAGUUUGUGGUACUUGUGCAAAGUAUAUGCUAAUUCAUGUAAAAAUACCUGUGCUCCUGCUAACUCAAGUGGCUUUUGGGCAAGGCUGGUGGAGUCACCUGCACUGCAUUUUGCAUUAGGUCUCUGAGGCAUCCUCCUAUGACCAUUCAGGCAAGCCCUCCACUCCCAGCGUUGAUUACCUGUUUAAAUGCCCUCUGGUACAGCAGAAACUGCCUGCGUGCAUUCUCACUGAUGGAAAACAUCUCAUUUUCCUGUUGGAUAACCGAAAAAAAAAUGUACCAAGCGUUGGGGAGGAGCAGAGGCAAGCCCCCUCCGACUCCUUCCUAGUGAUGCCAGAGGGGUUCCCAAGGCCUAAGCCCUGAAUCCAGAGCCUCAAGGUAGCCAGCGCUGAACUCCCACUGUGUGGCGGAGGCAGUUGCUGAUUCUCACAGCGGCCUUUCCAGGCAGGGGUGAUCAUCUCAUUUUAUACAUAUGUAGGAGUUCUGAAUCCCAGAAAGUUUGAGCACCGUGUAAAGAAUCAACCGGCUGAUUAGAAGAGAGCUGGACUUGAACCCAGAACUGCUGGUGUCCAGAGUCUAUGCUCUUUUCCAUGCAACCCACAACUCCCUCUUGUGACAUAAAAGCCAGGAUCAGAAAAGAGGAGGAGAGUCCUCUCAAAACACACCAUUUCCCAUGGGUCCCAGUCCCAGCUUUGUUCUACUCACUCUGGGUUGCAGUUUUGACACGAUGACAAUAAAAUUAUUGGCCAGAGUAGAGAAUGACUUUAGGAUCCUGAAUUCAGCUGCCUUCUCAUAGUAGCUUUUGAAAACGGUAUUCAAGUAGAACUUCAGCAGGGCACGGAUGAAGUAACAGCUUUCGGCAUCCUGGGGAGGGUCUGGGUCACCUGGGAGCCAAGGUGUCUGCCCACCCCAGCCCUGGAUGAGCAACCCACUGUCGCCAAAGCAAGAGAAGCACAGCAGAGUCAGGGGUCGUCUAGGAGAUGUCGAUAAACAGUAGAUCUAAAGGAGCAUCAGGGAGCAUGGAGAGCAGCACCUUUGGUUUACAGGAGGAACCACAGACCGAGAGAAGAGGACUUGCCCAGCGUCACACAGCCAGUCAGUGGCAGACACAGGCCUAGUGCCUAGGACUCCUGACUCCCCAUCUGCUUAAUAUUCUUCCUUCUACACCCCAUGACCUCUCUAAUAGCCAUGGGAGACGCACCCUGAAGAGCGCUCAUAAGUUGGUGGUUGACAGUUGGUGGGGAAAAGAACUAGAAAGAAGAAAUGAGGAGAAAAAAAAAAUCCUUAACACAGGGAUUGCAUUCUAGCCCCCUCAAGCACCACAGAGUGACGCUCAGCGUCUUCAGAUCAGAGCUCAGUAUAUGUGUGCUCACUGACUGACUAGAUGGAUGCUGAGCAGACAGGAAUGGGUGAGAAAAAAAAGGAUGGAAAUGGAAGAGACCCAAGCAGAUGCCUAUUGGGCCUACACAGCAAAAGAGAAACCCAGAUUGAUGG